AGGUCUUCCGACGUGAACAUUGCACGCCUUUUGUGGAUAUUUUUUUAAUUCCUUCUUUUUUCUGUAUAUCUGUGUCUUUCUUUUGAAUUGUUUAUCGUCUGUAUUGCUUCUACAUGUUUGUAGAAAACUGCUUUUGUUAUAGGUGUAUUGUGUUUUUGUGUUUCAAUGAAGGAAGGGUGGACUUCCCUUCCCCCAAAUGAGUCGGAAAUGGAAAGCUGGAAGUAAAUGAGGAAGGCAAUGCUUUUCAUGGGAGAAUUCAUACAGGUUUUAUGGUAGAAAGUUUGGAAUGCUCUUAUUUCAUUUGUAAGAGAACUAUAGAAGAAAGUUGUAAUUUGUUUGUUGUCCUGGUAGCAUUGGGGUGUUAGGGCCCAAGGGGUUUUAGAGAAAGAAAAAGAAAAAAAAAGAUGUUCAGUUUUAUUUUUAUAUGCAUGAAAUGUGUACUUCACUUCAACCUCCAGUUUAAUGUCUUGUUUCUUAGGUUGUAAAUACGUGGUAGAAUUGAGUUGCAGUAGACAGGUGUUUAGAAAGUUUCUUAGGAAGAGGAAAUAGCUCACUCAAUGUUUAUGCAUAGAAAUAUAACUGGAGUGGAUGUGGUUGCUGUCAUCUGCUCUGGUUCAUAGUUUAUCACCUCCUGAAGUCACAAAAUAAGGACAGAAACCAAGCCUAAAAGGGAAAACAAAGAAGACAUUGAAAGUUACAGGGAUGGGAAGCUAAGAACUACGUUGCAAGGCUGGUCGAAAUCACGUUCAUGAGAAUGCAUUUAGAGUGUAGAUACUCGUUUUGUUUUCAGAUGUUUUAAAUCCACUGUUAUGACACUUUGGCAUCUCCAAACAAGAAUGACAUUCCCCAAAGUUGAGUGACUGUGUGUAAGAUUUUAUUCAAUGCAGAGUAUAUCCAAAUGAUUCCUACUCCCUCCUCAGCUGCUUUGGAAAUCAAAACUGCUGUGAUUGUUUUAAGUAAACAGAAGUGAGGUUGACAGAAAAUCGUUUUUCAUUUGGUAAAAGUCAGAAAAUCUCUGACACACACUUUGAAUAAAUACACCCCCUCCUUUGAUCUUCUGUAUAUGUGUUAUUACAGGAUGUGCAUGUCUUAUUAGGAUUUUAGUUAAUGUCAUUUACAUGAAAGACAGACAUUUGGAAGCCAACGGCUCUGUCUGUGUUUUGUUCAAGUAGCCGAGUAGUCUACUAUCUUGGCAGUAAUCGCUUCUGCUGCGUUCUUAAUGUGAAUCACAUGUGAGAUUGUGUGUACAUUCUUUUCAGGUUUACAUGGGUUUCGAGGUAUGUAUUUGUGUUUGAUCCUACAUUUCCUUUGUUACCACAUUCUUUUACUUUUUAUCACUUCAACUAGCAGAAUAUUUUUAAAUUAUCUGGAGAGUCAGUUUGGGUGUGUUCUUUGAGGAAUACAGCUCCAUAUCACAAAACAAUACAAAAUGAUAAUUGAUUACUGUCUUUGAUUAUCAAUACUAUUGCAAUUUGGCUUAAGUGUACUUUUAAGACAUUUAGAUGGCUAUGCAUAUAUGUCAUGAUUUAUGUUAUUUGAUAACUACAACAACUAAGUUACUUUCGGUGAAUGUCUGUUAGAUCCAGUACUUUGUUUAGGUGGGGCAUACCUAAUGAAACUUACACAGCUCCAGAAAUUGACUUUCAGCUUGUCAAUGACUUAAUUUAGCUUCAUGCGAUUUAUCUUUUAUAGUAUGUCGCUCAGACUUAGACAGGUUUGUAUGUGCUAUUAGAUUUCCCAGGGACUUUUCUUCUUAGAUCCCAGUUGAGUGUGGUUACCUUGAGAACUGUGGCAUUAUCCCUGUUAGAGCAUGCUCCACUGGGGAGUUCUGUGCAAUCUAUUUUUAAUGCUAUUUAAUGAAGGAGCGGGUGCCUCACUCAGCAAUAAAAGAAGCAUGAGGGAAGACAGAGCAGUCCAUGGUUAUGGAUACUGGAGAAGGAUAUUUGGAAAGGUUGACGAUGAUGUGUCACACUGUGUAAGGGAAUCGUAUGGAGAUGGGCAUUCCGAACUGUUAAUGGGGACAUGGGACUCCAGUUGUCUCUAAUCACUUGUGUGGAUUUUCCUGGUGUAGAACGACAGAAGCUGGUAGUAAGUCACCAAGAGCUACAGCAGGAAUUCUGCGCAAAAGGGCAUAAAACCUUGUUGUUUUAAUUUGUACCUGAGAGAAUGUCUGAGCAAGGAAACCUGAAUCCAACGAUAGUGGAGGAAGGAGGAACUGAGCAGGAGACGGCCAUUCCAGAGAACGGCAUUGUGAAAUCUGAGAGUCUGGAUGAAGAGGAGAAGCUGGAGCUGCAGAGGCGGCUGGAGGCUCAGAAUCAAGAGAGAAGAAAAUCUAAGUCAGGAGCAGGAAAAGGUAAACUGACUCGCAGUCUUGCUGUCUGUGAGGAAUCUUCAGCCAGGCCAGGAGGUGAAAGUCUUCAGGAUCAGGAAUCAAUUCAUUUACAGCUUUCAAGUUUUUCCAGCCUGCAAGAGGAGGAUAAAUCUAGGAAAGAUGACUCUGAAAGAGAAAAAGAAAAGGAUAAAAACAAAGAUAAAACCUCUGAAAAACCCAAGAUCAGAAUGUUAUCAAAAGAUUGCAGCCAAGAGUACACGGAUUCUACAGGCAUAGACUUACAUGAGUUUCUGAUUAACACAUUAAAGAAUAAUUCCAGGGACAGGAUGAUACUCUUGAAAAUGGAGCAGGAAAUUAUCGAUUUCAUUGGUGACAACAAUAAUCAUUACAAAAAGUUCCCUCAGAUGUCAUCGUAUCAGAGGAUGCUUGUCCAUAGGGUGGCGGCUUACUUUGGAUUGGAUCAUAAUGUGGAUCAAACAGGAAAAUCUGUUAUCAUCAACAAGACCAGCAGCACCAGAAUACCAGAGCAAAGGUUUUGUGAACAUUUAAAAGAUGAAAAAGGUGAAGAAUCCCAGAAGCGGUUUAUCUUGAAGCGAGAUAACUCUAGUAUUGAUAAAGAAGACAAUCAGCAAAACAGAAUGCAUCCAUUUAGAGAUGACAGACGAAGUAAAUCAAUUGAAGAGAGAGAAGAGGAAUAUCAGAGAGUGAGGGAGAGAAUAUUUGCACACGAUUCAGUUUGCUCCCAGGAAAGCCUUUUUGUGGAUAACAGUAGGCUCUUGGAAGACAGUAACAUAUGCAAUGAGACCUAUAAGAAAAGGCAGCUCUUUCGGGGCAACAGAGAUGGCUCAGGGAGAACAUCUGGAAGUCGCCAGAGCAGCUCAGAGAAUGAACUCAAGUGGUCUGAUCACCAGAGGGCCUGGAGCAGCACAGACUCUGACAGUUCUAACCGCAAUCUGAAGCCCGCCAUGACCAAGACAGCAAGUUUUGGGGGCAUCACGGUGCUGACUAGAGGUGACAGCACAUCCAGUACCAGAAGUACCGGGAAGCUGUCCAAAGCAGGUAGUUCUGAGUCUUCUAGCAGCGCAGGCUCCUCAGGAUCACUGUCCCGCACCCAUCCACCUCUCCAGAGCACACCCCUGGUCCCGGGCAUGGCAGCUAGCUCUCCAGGCUGUGUUCCCUAUCCUGAGAAUGGAAUUGGGGGCCAGGUUGCUCCCAGCAGCACCAGCUACAUCCUCCUUCCACUUGAAGCUGCGACAGGCAUCCCACCUGGAAGCAUCCUUCUCAAUCCACACACAGGCCAGCCCUUUGUGAAUCCCGAUGGAACUCCUGCAAUAUACAACCCACCCACCAAUCAGCAGCCCUUGCGAGGCACGAUGGUAGGGCAGUCCCAGCCACCACCACAGCAGCAGUCCUCCCCCCAGCCUCAGCAGCAGGUGCAGCCCCCACAGCCACAAAUGGCGGGCCCACUGGUGACUCAGUCUGUCCAGGGGCUGCAGGCUUCCUCCCAGUCUGUGCAAUACCCGGCAGUCUCUUUUCCUCCCCAGCAUCUCCUGCCUGUGUCUCCAACCCAGCACUUCCCCAUGAGAGAUGACGUGGCGACCCAGUUCAGCCAGAUGAACCUGAGCCGGCAGUCCUCAGGAGAGACUCCUGAGCCCCCCUCAGGUCCUGUCUAUCCGUCCUCCCUUAUGCCACAGCCAGCCCAGCAGCACAGCUAUGUCAUCGCCUCUGCAGGCCAGCAGCUCCCUGCAGCAGGGUUCUCAGGCUCUGGACCUCCCAUCUCCCAGCAAGUCCUCCAGCCUUCCCCCUCACCACAAGGGUUUGUGCAACAGCCUCCACCUGCACAGAUGCCUGUAUAUUAUUACCCAUCUGGUCAGUACCCUACCUCAACCACGCAACAGUACCGACCCAUGGCCUCAGUUCAGUAUAAUGCCCAGAGGAGUCAGCAGAUGCCACAGGCAGCCCAGCAAGCAGGUUACCAGCCAGUCCUGUCUGGUCAGCAGGGGUUCCAAGGCCUAAUGGGAGUGCAGCAGCCUCCUCAGAGCCAAAGUGUGAUGGGCAGCCAACAAGGAACUCCGGUGCAAAGCGUGAUGGUUUCCUACCCAACAAUGUCUUCUUAUCAGGUGCCAAUGACCCAGGGUUCUCAAGGACUGCCCCAGCAGUCAUAUCAACAGCCAAUCAUGCUACCUAACCAGGCAGGUCAAGGGUCACUCCCAGCCACUGGAAUGCCUGUUUACUGUAAUGUCACACCGCCAACCCCUCAGAACAACCUUAGGCUGAUUGGUCCACAUUGCCCCUCCAGCACCGUCCCCAUGAUGUCAGCUAGCUGCAGGACAAACUGUGCAAGUGUGAGCAACUCUGGUUGGCAGGUCAAAUUCUGAGAGUUCUGACUGUGGCACAUUUCUUCAGAUAUUACUCAUGGCCUUUAAGGGAAGAAGAACAAAGUGGGGAAAUUUACUGGAGACUUAAGUAUUCACUUAACACUCAAAUGAUUGCUGCUGGUAUUCUGUAAAAAAUAAACAAAGACUACUACAUAUGUUAGCUGGUUAAUGGUGCAUAUUUCUGUCAUGUCUGCUAGAUAUGCCUUUAUAGCUUAGCUAGUGACAUGAAUUCAUCAAGGUAAGAUUUUCUCCUACCACUGAAUACCACUGUGUAGAUUAUAAUAUCCCUAAUUUGGAUUAGUUUUGUACUUUGUGUUGAGUUUGUGAUGCUAAAAGUAUUUAAAAAUUAUAUAUUGAAAUCACAUUGUACCAAAGCUGUAAUGGAAAAGAAAAGAAUUGAUGAAUGGAAGGAAUAAUUUAUAUAUACUAUAGAGUUUUCUUUUUUUAAUGGAUAUAUACUGUAUUGUAGUGUUUAAUCAAAAUAAAACUGUUUGACCUUGUGGAGGAAGGUCAUGUUUUUACCACCAGUUUUGUUCA